UCUACGUCACUGUGCGGCGUCUACGAUUGAGAAGGGCGCGAGAUAGAAAUCCGAGGAGCGCGGAUCUCCAGAGAGGCUCAUCAUUUCCCCCAGAAACAGCCCCAAAAACACGACGAACCUCCACCGCCACGACGGUCCACGCCGCGGAGACACUAACCAGGCGGGAUACGACCACACACCAACAUAUAUUAACUCAAAGGAUACGUGCAUAUGACGUGCAAAGGCGACAGGGAACUCACCGUCUGACUGUAAACAACCAGAAACAGAGGGAAAUGUCCUGGUGGCCGCGCGGUGAGGACGGAGAGGAGGCCGCGCAUCAAGACACGGACUCUGAUGUGGCCGAGCCGAAGGACGGUGGGAAAGUGAAGGUGAAAUGGACACAAGAGGAGGACGACAAGCUGAAGGCACUGGUUCAGAAACUUGGACCUAAUGACUGGAAGUCUGUAGCCAACUAUAUACCAAAUCACACUGAGCACCAGUGUCAGCACCGCUGGUUUAAAGUUUUGGAUCCAGAAUUGGUUAAAGGACCUUGGACCAAAGAAGAGGAUGAGAAGGUUAUAGAGCUCGUUAACCUGUACGGCAACAAACAGUGGGCGACAGUGGCCAAGCAUCUCAAAGGCCGACUGGGGAAGCAGUGCAGGGAGCGCUGGCACAACCACCUCAAUCCCAGCGUCAAGAAGUCGUCGUGGACGGCCGAGGAGGACCUCGUCAUCUACAAGGCGCACCGCCUGCUCGGGAACCGCUGGGCCGAGAUCGCGAAGCUGCUUCCUGGAAGGACAGACAACGCCGUGAAGAAUCACUGGAAUUCAACUAUCAAGCGCAAGUUGGAGAUGGGCUUCUACAAGGGGGAGGUGUUGAGGCCAAACGAGCUCGAAGAGCUGCUGGCUCGCGUUAAUAAGGAUGCUCAGAUCCCCAGCAGCUCUCAAGAUGUUCUAACCAAGGACUCGGAGCAGAAACCCCAGAUUUCAUUGCCAGAUGCAUCUGCCUCUACUAAACCUGGCCCCAGUGAAGCGGGGCCGUCAAAGUCGACCUCUUCUCCAAAGGACAAUUUAAGUCCCAAGUCUGAUGCGGACGUCACGGGUGAUAUGAGCUGUACCAGCUGGGUGGUGGACAGCUCCGGGUUUCUCUCCCCUACUGGACCAGCACUGAAGGAAGUGCUGGACAUGGUGAAUGGGGACAUUGACGGCUGGUGCAACCUCACAGCCUUCGACCUGCCCGAGGACAGUCCCAGUCCGGAGCGUCACCAGUUUCGCCUGGAGGGCAGCGCCUUGCAGGAGCUGAGCAAAGGCAGCAAAGGGGAGCUCAUCCCCAUCUCUCCUGGAGGCGUCACGCCGCCCUCCAUCCUGAACCGCAAAAGCCGGAGACGCAUCGCCUUGUCUCCGGACACUAAUAACUCCAUGACUCCCAAGAGCACCCCUGUUAAAAUCUUGCCCUUUUCUCCAUCCCAAUUCCUCAACAUGUGGACGUCGCAGGACACUCACGACCUGGAGAACCCGUCGCUCACGUCCACUCCGGUCUGCAGCCAGAAAGCCAUCGUUACCACCCCUCUACAGCGGGACAAGACGCCCCUCACUCAGAAGGAAAACUCGGUAUUUGUUACACCCAACUACAAGUCAGAGCUCUGUACGACUCCACGAACUCCGACGCCGUUCAAAAACGCCAUGGAGAAGUACGGUCCACUGCAGCCGCUGCCUCAGUCUCCGAACCUCGAAGACGACAUAAACGAGGUGAUCCUGAGAGAAACGGGGAUCGACUUGGUCGUUGUACGUUCAACUCCACCGGAGCAAAGGCGCAAAACUGCGCAUCGCCCUCCUAUGAAGAAGGUGCGUAAAUCCUUAGCCCUGGACGUCGUGGACUGCCAGGGGCUGCCCACGUCCAAACGCAAGUUCUUAAAGACCGAAGCCAAGCACAGCGUCAUGGAAGAACCCGUGUUAGUUUCACUUAACUCCUCUUCACUUUGUAGCAAGCGACAUGAGAACAUUUUGGAUCAGGGCUUCCUCUUGGGACCUAGUGACAGCGCCAUAUUUCCCAGCACGGUUCCUCCAGUUCCUAUGUCUAAAGAAUGGGAGAAGGUCGUUUGUGGACAAACGAAAGACCAGCUCAUAAUGACGGAGAAAGCUCGUCGCUACCUCCGCUCCCUGAAAUCCCACGCUCCCAACCGGGCUCUGAUUCUGUCCUGAAAAAUCUCUCCCUCUCUUCUUUACGUCAACGUGUUACACUUACUCAGCUUAACAUUGCAGUUGCCCCCUUUUGCUUUUUUUUCCCCCACCAAAGUGUAAAUUGUGGAGGGGUGUGAAAGGUUAUGUGUGGGGUUCACGCAGUGUUUCAACAAGUCAUCAACCAUCGGAAUAUUGAUAGUGUGUAGCUGCGUCGCUCAUUUGCGAGAGAGAAUGUGUUUUUAGAUUUGCUCUCACAGUCGUGAUGUUGCAUUGUUGUAGGUUGUUGCUUCUGUGUGUAUGAAAAGAACAAUGAAUGUAAAAAAACAAAAAGAAAAGAAUCAAGGCUGUACUUUUGCUGUCACUGUUGAGACAUGCUUUUAAAUGACUUAAUGUGUCUGUGAUAUAACUUUCUUUUUCUUUUUAAGCGGUGAACUCGCUCAGAUUGAACUUCCACAUCGAAGGUGUAGCUCCAGUGUUGAAGGAAGAUUCUAGGAAAAUGUUUGGGAUCUAUUUAUAAUAGACAUCUCCGUGUAUAUUAAAAGUUAGCUCCCCACACUGGGGAGUGAUGGGGGGACAUUUGCUGAAUAAUUUACUGAUAAAAUGUGUCAAAUAAUCAUGAGAGCAACUUGCUACUUGUGACGGAUACAACUGGAUAGUUUUAUUCUGCAAUAGUCAGGUAGCUGAGAAGUAGUUAAUGCUUAAAAUAAAAAAUUAUACUGAACAUUAAUGGCAAUGGUAUAAUGUUAUUGGCACUGUUUGUACAUAUUUAGUGUUGUAUGUUUUCACUUAAUCAUACAACGGAUUAUUACAGAAUUUAAUAAAAACAAUAUGUCCAAUAA